AUGCAAAGCAUAUCUGAUGCUUACCUGUUCAACAACAGGUUGAAUAUUGCUAUGGGAAAAUGUUACACUGCCUGGUGGAAACAACAGGAUCCUUCAAGCAUACCGUCAAUGACGUCUUCUUCAACUUCACCCGUUGCAAAGAGCUUUAAGUAUGACGUAUUUUUGAGUUUUAGAGGUGAAGACACUCUCCGCAAUCAAAUCGGGGCAGUUGGAGACGCCUUUGCCAAACAUGAAAAUGAAGAGGCCGCUGGGAAAUGGAGAAAGGCUUUAAAAGAAGCAGCUGAUGUGGCCGGGUGGGAGUUGAAGAACACCGCUGAUGGGCAUGAAGCUAAAUUCAUCAGACAAAUUGUUGAAAAGCUUUCACUAGAGUUACGUGCCAUCAAUGUUCGCAUUGAUAAAAACUUAGUAGGCAUGGAGACUCGGAUCAACGAUAUUAUAUCAUCUUUAGGAACUGCUUCAGAUGAUGCUCACAUGAUUGGGAUAUGGGGGAUAGGUGGUGGUGGGAAGACGACUUUGGCUAGAGCGAUUUUUAAUAUAAUAUCCUUUCAGUUCGAAGGCAAAAGCUUUAUUGAGAAUGUGAGGGAAGUUUCAAAAGCUUCAUUGUCCGGAUUGAAUUCGUUGAAAAGUCAAAUCCCUUUAAAUGGUGGAAAGGUUCUUCUUGUUCUAGAUGAUGUGGAUCAUUUAGACCAGCUUGAGGCGUUGGCUGGUUGGCUGAAAAACUCGGCUAUCGAAGCACUUGAAAGCUGUGGAUUUUAUGCUAGAAUUGGUUUAAGAGUUCUUGAGCAAAAGUCUCUCAUAACUAUUGAUGGUGAUGAGUGUUUGGGCAUGCAUGACCAUUUAAAAGAAAUGGGCAGGAAUAUUGUUCGUCGUUCACACCCCAAUAUGCCCAACAAACAUAGCCGGUUGUGGGAUGGCAAGGAAAUUGAAGAUAUAUUGGCUAAUGACAUGGGUAAUGAAGCAACAAGAUGUAUAAAAUUCUACUAUAGGGGACUGGAUCCGCAAAUCACUAUGAAAGGUCUUAGAAAGAUGAAAGAACUUCGGUUUCUUGAUGUGACCGAUAAUAAAUUUUACUCAAAUCCAAAAAUUAAUAAACUCAUCCCAAACUGUCUAAAUGGUUUAGAAGUUGUAUGGCGUAAUUGGAAAUCUAAUAAAGUUAGCCUGUACAUUCCGGAUGCGUUAAGAUAUUUGCGUUGGUAUAAUUAUCCUUUUAGGUCUUUACCCAAAUCAUUUCAAGCAAAUAAUCUUGCUGCACUUGAGAUGGCUGAAAGCGGUAUCGUACAGCUCUGGAAAGGGGGAGAAAAGAAGGUUCUUAACAAGCUCAGAUUCCUUCUCCUCAGUGGUCCAAAGUUGAGGUCCCUUGACCUUGGGUUGACUCCAAAUCUUGAGACAUUGACGCUGGUCAAACAUGUACAUGGACCUGGAGCUGGUGGUUUGGUAGAACUUCAUAUGCCCGGUGAAUGUCUAAAACUCAGAUUCCUUGAACUUGAUCAUGUAAAGUCAAGGAUGUUUGACCUUGGGCUGACUCCAAAUCUUGAAAAGUUGUAUCUAAGACGUGAUUUGGUAGAACUUCACAUGCCCGAUACAUGUCCAAAUCUCAUAUCCCUCCAUUUCAGUUUUUCAAACUUGAGGACCCUUGACAUUGGACGGACUCCGAAUCUCGAGGAUUUAUAUGUGUCCGGUUGUUUUGAUUUGAAAGAGCUUCACAUGGUCGAUAAAUGUUUAAAACUCAGAUCCCUCUACCUUGUUGGUUUAAAGCUGAGGACCCUUGACAUUGGGUCGAGUCCAAAUCUUAAGAGCCUGGAUCUUCAUGGAUGCAAUGAUUUGGAAGAAUUUCACAUUGCCGAAUCUCCAAUGCUCACAUUCAUCAAGAUUGAGUGUUUAAAGUUGAGGACCCUUGAUCUCAGUUUGGUUCCUAAUCUCAAUAAGCUGUUUCUUUCUGAAUGCAAAGAUUUGGUAGAACUUCACUUGCCUGAUUGUUAUGAUUUGGAAGAACUUCACAUGGUCGAUCAAUGUCAAAAGCUUCUAUCACUCACCAUUAGUCAUUCAAAGUUGAGGACCCUUGACCUUCGGUUGACUCCAAAUCUUGAGAAGUUAGAUCUUAGAAAAUGUUAUAACUUGAUAAUACUACUGGUCUAG